AUGGACGGCGGCAGCGGGUUCAACAUCAUCUACACUGACACUUUGGAGGCAAUGGGCAUUCCGAUGUCCCGCCUCAGCCAGAGUAGCAUGCAGUUCCAUGGGGCAAUCCCCGAGAAGAAGGCUAAAUCACUCAGGCAAAUAACCCUCGGCAUCGUAUUUGGCAGAGAGAAGAACUUCAGGAAGGAGCGGCCGACCUUCGAGGUGGAAGACUUUCGGAGUGCUUACCAUGCCAUCCUAGGUAGGCCCACCUACGCAUGUUUCAUGGACAGACCAUGCUACAUGUAUCUUAAACUUAAGAUGCCAGGGCCGAAUGGCAUGAUAACCGUCACAGGUAACCGGAAGUUAGCUGAAGAGUGCCUGCAGAAAGGCUCCCAGAUCGCUGACGAGCAGAUGGCGUUGGCGGAACUGGAUGAUUACAAGAAGGCAGUAGAUUAG